CAAACCAAGCGUAUCCUAACGUGCAAGAGAAAUGAUCGGCGGCAGGGGCCAGUCCAGGGAUUGACACAUCACUGAGCUAGGCUUCUGCACAGAAGCAUGGCGAACUCUCUGAUCUGUCUGGUCUUGGUUAUGUCUGUGUACUUCCUGGGGUCCAUAGAAUGUUCUUGUAAAAUGUACACGGAAGGAGCAGAAGGGUAUAACGUGGUGAGAGAUGACAAAGGAGUGAAGUUAUGUAUUUACGUGGACGAGGCUGGGAGAAGUGUGGAGAUAAAAGUUAAUAGUACUCACCGCCACCCCACAGACUGCGAGGACUGCACCUGUCAGCCCUCGGGGGACCUACACUGCUGUAUGUAUGGAGUUAAGGCUGGUAAAAUAUUAUAUCCCUCGACCUGUACACUAGUUAAAGUCGGCAACUGUGAUCACAAACUUGUUUUAAAAUCUGACGAGAAAACCCCCUGCCUACAGGGACCAAUUUACCCUCCCUCUACAACAGUAUCGGUUCAUUCCGAUACCCAAGUCUCCAAUCAAAGCACUCCCACAGGUUUACAACGAGAUCCGAAAUCACAAGGAGGGGGCGGGGCAGCGGAGUCCCUCAGGUGUUUCCCGCCAUUUGUGUUGCUUUUUGGUAUUAUGUCUGUAAUUUUGUAUUAGAUUUCUUUUUACUUCUGUAUUGUAAUUGAUAAAUUUUGUUCGCUUUUUUUAAAUCUAUGAUACAGAUGCAUUCGAUUUUGAUAAUGUUUUUGAAUAAAUAUGUAUAGUUUUUUAAUGUUUAAAAGACAUAAAAUAUGAACAAAAUCUUUAGUUUGUAUACUUAUAUUUAGGAAAAUAUACACAUAAUUCUAAUUUUUGUUGAAAGGAAAAAUGAUAAUUUUUUUAUUAGAUUUGAAUGAUGGUUUUAUCA